GACAGUUGGUGGGCCUGUCAGCUGCAAUGCACUGCUUGACUUCAUAAGCAGGACCAUCUGUUCUUGUGCGUCACCUUCCACAGACUCGAGACUGAAAGCACUUUGAACAGACAACAUGGAUCUCUUACAGAAGAAGGAGCUCGACACCUCGCGCGGCUUUCGCUAUAGAUACUACGUCUCCUCAGUUCAAGAUGCAGAUACCUCCAAACCAACUCUGCUUCUCUGUCACGGCUGGCCCGACAGUGCUGAGCUGUGGCAAUACAUCAUCCCUCGCCUGCUCAAGACCAAGAACAGAAUCAUCGCUCCCGAUCUCCUUGGCGCUGGAGGCACUUCCCAGCCCACCGAUCCAGCUGCUUUCGAGAUCAAAGCCAUGGUGCAGGACGUGAAUGAAAUUCUCAAAGCAGAAAAUGUUACCGGAAAGAUAAUUCCUGUCGGCCAUGACUGGGGCUCAUAUUUCGCGCAACGCGUUUACAUGCUGAAUGGCGACCGCAGUGUCGGCGUUAUCACAUUAAAUGUAGCUUGGAUGCCACCGUUCGCUCAGCCCUUUGACCUUGAUGCCUUCAAUGAACUUACGACCAACAUGGUCGGCUAUCCUGUAUAUGCGUAUUGGGAGCUUUUCGCGGACCCCAAAGUCGGAGAGGUAAUGGACGACAAGCUCGAAAGCCUAUGGCAUGCGAUCCAUGGAGAUCAAGACGAGUGGAUGAAGAAGCUCUUCUGUUCUCAUGGCGCUAUCAAAAAGUUCAUCGAAGAAGGCAGGACAGAUGUCCCGCUCAAGCCAUAUGCGAAGGACCAGAAACUGCACGAUGAGUGGAUCGCGAACAAGAAAGCCACAGGCAUGACCAGUCAAUGUGCAUGGUAUCGAGCAUACAACGAGAACUACAAUCUGGAAACAGAGAAGGCGUUGGACGGCAAGGUUCACACGCCCUACCUUUUCAUCGGUUGUGACGGUGAUGCCGUCUGCAGGACAGACAACAUUGAACGAGGCAAGCAACUAGGUCUCGUUCCGGAGGAUAAGCUGACGCUACGGGAGCUGCAUGCUGCUCACUGGUCUCCGUAUGAGGUACCUGAUCAGGUCGCAGAGGCAAUGCUGGAGUGGCUCAGAGCCAAUAACUUUUCAGCCGAGCAGUCUGUACCUUGAAUGGCAAACAACACGUGUUGACGUUGCACGAACACCUGUAGCCUCGUUGUGUCUCUCUGGGCCCGCACGGUGACAAAUUUGUCGCAUUCUCACGUGUUCUGCUGCACAUCAGUUCACACACUCGCACUGCAGCAAACAUGUCUCGUACUUCUAACAACAAGGAAGAAAGAACUUACCAAGGCAAUCGGAACAUGGCACAGCAACUCCAACGCAUCUUGUCACAGUUGACUAUGGCGACGAAUGCGGCCUCUGCUGAACGAGUUUGCAAGUGAAGGAAUGUAGACAGCACAAAGGACCAAGAACCCCAGAAAGACCGAGUAUAUCAAUCUCAUCCCAUACUCCCAGC